AAGCGCAACGCAGAGGGAACUUAGUUACUUGGAGCAGCUGCCAAACCUGGAAUCUGGAAACCUCAGCAAGUGUAGGUCGUCACCUUAAGACUCUAUACCCAAGAAAGGAAGAUUUAACUGUUGUUGUACAACUUCUGUUUCAUCUCACCUGUGAAAAUGUCCGGUGGACCUUUGGGCACGGCGCUGGCAGUGGCUUUGCUCGCCUGCGCUGUGCAGUGUUUGCCGAAAGGGACGGGGAAACAUAGGAGACAAGCUCAGGAACACUCGGUGUCAUCCGUUUCCCAAGAUGGCUGUGUUGAAAAUGGUCAGUUUUAUGGACUUGGAGAGCAGUGGGAGCGCAGUUAUCUGGGCAGCACUCUGCUCUGCACUUGUCACGGAGUCUCUGGUAUUAAAUGUAAAUCAAAGCCUGAAGCUGAGGAGACCUGCUAUGAUAAAGUAAAUGCCCGCUCCUAUCGAGUUGGAGAGACUUAUGAGAGGCCCAAAGACGGGAUGAUCUGGGACUGCACUUGCAUUGGCUCUGGUCGAGGGAAAAUCAGUUGCACCAUUGCAAACCGCUGUCAUGAGGGAGGGCAAUCUUACAAGAUUGGAGACACCUGGAGGAGACCCCAUGACACUGGGGACUACAUGCUGGAGUGUGUCUGUUUAGGCAAUGGGAAAGGAGAGUGGGCCUGCAAACCUGUUGCGGAGCGCUGUUAUGACAAUUCAGCUGGUACGUCCUAUAUGGUUGGUGAGACCUGGGAGAAACCUUACCAAGACUGGAUGAUCAUGGACUGCACCUGUCUAGGGGAAGGAAAUGGACGCAUCACAUGCACAUCUAAAAACCACUGUAAUGACCAGGACAUGCGGACUUCUUACCGUAUUGGAGACACAUGGAGCAAAACAGAUGCUCACGGGCAUGUGCUACAGUGUUUGUGUACUGGGAAUGGGCGUGGAGAGUGGAAAUGCGAGAGACACGUGUCACUGCACAGUACUAGCCUGGGUACUGGGUCUCGAGUGAUUACCAAUGUCCAGUCUGCAGGAUUCCACCCUGUGGCAGUGCCAGAGAAACCAGCAGAGGGAACCUGUCUGACAGAUGCAGAUGUUUCCUACUUCCUGGGCAUGCGCUGGAUCAAGACCCAAGGCAGCACACAGUUGUUGUGUACGUGCUUGGGGAAUGGUGUCAGCUGUGAAGAGUGGGGGGGCCAUUCUCAGGUGUAUGGCGGUAGCUCAAAUGGCCAGCCUUGUGUGUUCCCUUUUGUGUUCAUGGGAAAAACUUUUUACUCCUGCACUUCUGAGGGCCGCAGUGAUGGACAGCUCUGGUGCAGCACCUCGUCUGACUUUGAGAAAGACUACAAGCACUCCUUCUGUACUGGGAACAAUGUUUUGGUCACAACCAGAGGAGGAAAUUCCAAUGGUGCCUUGUGCCACUUCCCAUUCCUGUACAAUGGCCGUAACUACACUGACUGCACUGCUGAUGGCAGAAGAGAUGGCAUGAAAUGGUGUGGCACCACUUACGACUAUGACAGAGAGCAGCGCUUUGGCUUCUGCCCCAUGGCAGCCCAUGAGGAGGUGUGUACCACCAAUGAAGGUGUGAUGUAUCGUGUGGGUGAUCAGUGGGACAGACGUCAUGAUGUUCUGGGUCACAUGAUGCGCUGUACAUGUGUGGGCAAUGGCCGUGGAGAAUGGAGCUGCAUUGCCUACUCACAACUCAAAGACCAGUGCAUUGUGGAUAAUUUGACCUAUGAUGUAAACCAGACUUUCACUAAACAACACGAUGAAGGCUACAUGAUGAACUGUACCUGUUUCGGUCAAGGCCGUGGAAGCUGGAAGUGUGACGUUAUCGAUCACUGCCAGGAGCCUGAGACUAGAGCACUCUAUCAGAUCGGAGAAUCUUGGGACAAAGUUAUUCAGGGAAUCCACUACAGAUGUUACUGCUAUGGAAAUGGGGUUGGAGAGUUAAGAUGCGAGCCUCAGCAAUCUUUCCCUGGUGGUCAUCGUCCAGUCCAGGUGAUUAUAACAGAAUCUGGCAACCAGCCCAACUCACACCCCAUCCAAUGGAAUGCCCCAUCUUCUGCGCACAUCACACAGUACAUACUCAGAUGGAGACAGAAAAACACCCAUAACCAGUGGAUGGAGGUCACUAUUCCAGGCCAUCUGAACUCUUAUACCAUCGCUGGACUGAAGCCAGGAAUCACCUACGAGGGUCAACUCAUCAGCAUUCUGCACUUCGGACGUAGAGAAGUCACUCGCUUUGACUUCACCACCACCUAUGGCUCCUUGGCAACCUUUGAGGGAGAGACCACGCACCCCCCUCCAGUGGUGGACACCUCUGAAUCUGUGACUGAGAUCACGUCCAGCAGCUUCGUCAUCUCAUGGAUGUCUGCAUCAGACACAGUGUCUGGGUUCAGGGUGGAAUAUGAGCUGAGUGAAGAGGGAGGGCAGACUGGACAGCCCAUUGUCUUGGAUCUGCCUCAUACGGCUACAUCAGUGAACAUUAGUGAGCUUCUCCCUGGCAGGAAGUACACAGUAAAUGUGUAUGAAGUGACUAACCAAGGGGAGCCUAAUCUGAUUCUUACCACUUCUCAGACCACAGCUCCCGAUGCCCCUUCUGACCAUGAAGUGGAGGAUGUGUGGGAGACCGCCAUUGUUAUCAGCUGGUCUAAACCUCUGGCUCCCAUCACGGGCUACCGUGUGGUUUACACACCGUCUGAAGAAGGUAGUUCUGGCAGCACUGAGCUGAACCUGCCUAACACUGCAACCUCAGUGACCCUGGGUGACCUUCGCCCUGGUCUGCUCUACAACAUCAGUAUCUACUCAGUGGAAGAGAGUCUGGAGAGUGAGCCUGUAUUUGUUCAGGUCACCACUGCUGGGGAGCCACUGACAGCUCCUGAUGCCCCUUCUGACCAUAAAGUGGAGGAUGUGGGGGAGACCGCCAUUGUGAUCAGCUGGUCUAAACCUCUGGCUCCCAUCACGGGCUACCGUGUGGUUUACACACCAUCUGAAGAAGGUAGCUCUGGCAGCACUGAGCUGAACCUGCCUAACACUGCCACCUCAGUGACCCUGGGUGACCUUCGCCCUGGUCUGCUCUACAACAUCAGUAUCUACUCGAUAGAAGAGAGUCUGGAGAGUGAGCCUGUAUUUGUUCAGGUUACAACUGCUGGGGAGCCACUGACAGUGGCAACCUUUGAGGGAGAGAUCACGCACCCCCCUCCGGUGGUGGACACCUCUGAAUCUGUAACUGAGAUCACGUCCAGCAGCUUUGUCAUCUCAUGGAUGUCUGCAUCAGACACAGUGUCUGGGUUCAGGGUGGAAUAUGAGCUGAGUGAAGAGGGAGGGCAGACUGGACAGCCCAUUGUCUUGGAUCUGCCUCAUACGGCUACAUCAGUGAACAUCAGUGAUCUUCUCCCUGGCAGGAAGUACACAGUAAAUGUGUAUGAAGUGACUAACCAAGGGGAGCCUAAUCUGAUCCUUACCACUUCUCAGACCACAGCUCCCGAUGCCCCUUCUGACCAUGAAGUGGAGGAUGUGGGGGAGAACGCCAUUGUUAUCAGCUGGUCUAAACCUCUUGCUCCCAUCACGGGCUACCGUGUGGUUUACAUACCAUCUGAAGAAGGUAGUUCUGGCAGCAAUGAGGUGAACCUGCCCAACACUGCCACCUCAGUGACCCUGGGUGACCUUCAACCAGGUCUGCUUUAUAACAUCAGUAUCUACUCAGUGGAAGAGAGUCUGGAGAGUGAGCCUGUAUUUGUUCAGGUCACAACUGCUGGGGAGCCACUGACAGCUCCUGAUGCCCCUUCUGACCAUAAAGUGGAGGAUGUGGGGGAGACCGCCAUUGUGAUCAGCUGGUCUAAACCUCUGACUCCCAUCACGGGCUACCGUGUGGUUUACACACCAUCUGAAGAAGGUAGUUCUGGCAGCACUGAGCUGAACCUGCCUAACACUGCCACCUCAGUGACCCUGGGUGACCUUCGCCCUGGUCUGCUCUACAACAUCAGUAUCUACUCGGUAGAAGAGAGUCUGGAGAGUGAGCCUGUAUUUGUUCAGGUUACAACUGCUGGGGAGCCACUGACAGCUCCUGAUGCCCCUUCUGACCAUAAAGUGGAGGAUGUGGGGGAGACCGCCAUUGUGAUCAGCUGGUCUAAACCUCUGACUCCCAUCACGGGCUACCGUGUGGUUUACACACCAUCUGAAGAAGGUAGCUCUGGCAGCACUGAGCUGAACCUGCCUAACACUGCCACCUCAGUGACCCUGGGUGACCUUCACCCUGGUCUGCUCUACAACAUCAGUAUCUACUCAGUAGAAGAGAGUCUGGAGAGUGAGCCUGUAUUUGUUCAGGUUACAACUGCUGGGGAGCCACUGACAGAGGAAGUCCCCUCCCCAACUGAUCUGCAGUUCUUCGAGGUGUCUGAUUCUAAGAUCACCAUCACUUGGACCAGUCCAUCCACAGAUGUGUCUGGAUACCAUGUGUCUGUGGCGGGUUCAGAUGGGCUGACGGUGAGAGAAAUCCAGCUUCCUGUAACACGCAACGCCUAUGCUGAGAUCACACACCUCCAACCUGGAACCCUUUACCGUUUCUUCAUCUUUGCUCUCAGAUCAGGGGAGGAGAGCGAGCCCCUGGUUGGAAAACAAGCUACAAAGCCUGAUUCACCCACCAAUAUCCACCUUACAAAUAUUACUGAAGACAGUGCUAUAGUCAUUUGGUCUCCACCAAGGGCUCGGAUCACAGGUUACAGGCUCUUCCUGACUGUUGAAGGUUUGAACCCCAAGCAGCUGCGUAUUCCCGCCCGCCUUUCACAGUACACCAUCCUCAACUUGCAGCCUGAUACCAAGUACACUGCCACUCUGCAUGCAGAAAAAGGCAACGUGCUUAGCAAGGGCUCUUCUGCCACCUUUGCCACAAUUCAGCCAUUUAGAAAUGCUCCCCACUUCAACACUGAUGUCACAGACACUUCCAUCAUUAUUUCCUGGACCCCUGUGUCUAGAAUUGGAUACAAGUUGACUGUUAGGCCAAGCCAAGGUGGAGAAGCCCCUAGGGAUGUGAUCUCAGAGUCUGGUAGUGUUGUCAUCUCCGGUCUAACCCCUGGAGUUGAGUACAGCUACAGCGUCCAGCCCAUCGUUAAUGGUCAUGAGCACGGCAACCCCAUCACACGACGUGUGGUCACUCCUCUUUCUCCACCUACUGAUCUGAACUUGGAGUCCAACCCAAACACGGGAGAAGUGAUUGUUCAAUGGAACGAUGACAAAACUCCAGACAUCACUGGCUACCGAGUGACUUGCAUCCCCACCAAAGGGCAGCAUGGGAACUUGGUGGAGGAGUUUGUUAAGGCAGGACAGAACUCGUGCACUUUAGAGAACCUGAGUCCAGGAGUGGAGUACAAUGUCAGUGUGUUUACCGUAAAGGAUGACAUGGAGAGCACCCCUGUCUCCACCACCGUGACUCCGGAUGUACCCAAAAUAACUGACCUCCACUUUAUCAACAUCACUGAAUCCACUAUUGGCCUCACCUGGAGUCCUCUUAACUCUACCGUUGUCACUGCCUACCGCAUCACCGUGUUGGCCGCUGGGGACAGUGUCCCGAUCUUUGUUGAACUUGUGGAGCCCACGACAGGCUUUUAUACUCUGCGUGGUCUGGAGCCCGGGAUCAAUUAUAACAUCACCAUCACCACAGUCACAGAAAAUGGAGAGAGUGAGCCCAUUACCAUCACCCAACAAACAGCUGUCCCUGCCCCAUCUGAUCUGUCAUUUGGGGAUGUGACCGCAGACAGCAUGCUGGUGACCUGGAAUGUCCCUCAGGUGCCCAAACCCUCUGAUAUUGACCACUACAUCAUCCGGUAUCACCCAGUUGAUGAUGACGAUGACACCACUGAGCGCAAUGUGGACGGAAAUGCAGACUUUGUCAUUCUUCGCCAUCUUGUGCCCAAUACUGAGUAUCUAGUGAGCGUGCUUUGUGUCUAUGAGAGGAGACAGAGCUCACCUGUGAUUGGCACUCAAAGAACUGUCCUGGAUUCUCCUGUCCGUCUGCAGUUCUCUGAUGUUGGCACCAACUCCUUCACCGUGCGCUGGCAGGCUCCUCAGGCCAUUAUCUCUGGGUACCGUAUCCGCUACCAAAUGACCAGUGGUGGGCGUGCUAAAGAGGAGAGACUGCCUCCAUCCAGGAGCCAUUUCACUCUCACAGGCCUGACCCCCGAGACCAAGUACAGCAUCAACAUCUAUGCUGUUAGCGGAUCCCGCGAGAGUCUGCCAUUGACUGGAACUCAGUCUACCAUCUCUGAUGCCCCCACUGACCUGGAGGUUACUUCCUCAACACCAACCAGCAUUACUGUUCGCUGGGACGCCCCUUCUGUCACUGUGAGGUACUACAGGAUCACACACGGGGAGUCAGGAGGCUUUGAAACUCCUCAGGAAUUUACUGUCCCUGGUUCCCAGUCCACUGCCACCAUUAAGGGUCUGCGUCCAGGCACUGAUUACACCAUCACUGUUUACGCUGUGACCGGCAGAGGGGACAGCCCAGCCUCCAGCACCCCUAUCCAUGUUCUACACAGAACAGAUAUUGAGUCGCCAUCAGAGAUGGAGGUGACUGACGUUAAGGACAACACUAUUACUGUGCGCUGGAGCCCAGCAGCAGGCCCCAUCUCAGGAUAUCGAGUCACAGGAAUCCCACUCAAUGGACAGGGACCUGUCUUCUCUGAAGUGGUGGCUCCUGACCAGACUGAAAUGACAUUCUCUGGCUUGAUGCCGACAGCGGAGUACACAGUCAGUGUGUUUGCUCUGGGUCAGGAUGGAGAAAGCCCCCCUCUAGUUGAAACUGUAAUCACAAAGGUGGACAAACCCAAAGACCUAACCUUUACUGACGUGGACUCGACCUCCAUGCGCAUUUCCUGGGAAAGUCCUGAUGGCGUGGUCUCCUUUUACAGAGUGUUGUACUACAGUCCAGAGGAGGGAGAGAGAGAAUUAUUCCCUGCCCCACGUGGAGAUGACAAGUCUGCAGUUCUUCAUGGCCUCAGACCGGGCACAGAAUAUACGGUUAAAGUCAUCGCUCUGCAUGACAAGACCCCCAGCCCUCCUCUGGUGGCCACUCAGACAACAGCAAUUCCUGGGCCCACCAAUCUGCGCUUCUCCCAGGUGGGUCCAACAUCCUUCACUGUCUCCUGGUUUGCUUCUAACGUCAAGCUGACAGGUUACCGUGUGGCCAUCACCCCCAAAAGUAAGAGUGGCCCCACUAAAGAGGCCAACAUUGCCCCAGACUCCACUGUGUUCCAUGCCACUUCACUCAUGCCUGGCACUGAUUAUGAAGUGGAGGUUUAUGGUGUGAAGAAUUCUCUCACCAGCCAUCGUGUCAAAGGCAAAGUUACGACACCUGACAACAUCAGCCCACCGCGACGUGUUCGUAUUUCCAACGUGAAGGACUCCUCCAUCACUCUCACCUGGCGCUCUAAAACCGAGACCAUCUCUGGAUUCCUGGUUGAAGCCACACCCACCAUUGGCGGCCAUAAUCCUAUUCAGAGAACCAUUGAACCUGAUUCACGCACCUACGCCAUUACUGGUCUGGAGCCAGGAACCACAUAUAAGAUCAAUAUCUAUACACUGAAUGGAAAUGCACGCAGUGAGCCUUUCACACUUACAGCCACUACAGCAAAACCAGUAAUCAGCCCUCCUACAAACCUCCACUUCACCUCUCUGACUCCUACCACGAUUUCCUUCACCUGGGAGCCUCCACGUAGCACCAUCACUGGAUAUUAUGUCACCUACGAGGAGGCAGGGGACAUUCCCAAUGAGCUGACCCCUAGACCCCAAGCUGGCAGGACCUUUGCUUCCAUCUCUGGUUUGAAACCAGGCACUGAGUAUGUUAUCAAGAUUGUUGCAUUAAAUAAUGCUCAGAGAAGCACCCCGCUGCUAGGAAAGGCAAGAACUCAAAUCGAAAGUCACCAGCUGACCCCCCAGCUCCCUGACCCCAGUCGACCCCACCAUGACAUCCUGGAUGUCCCAGAGGACAAUGACCACUUCAACAAUCAUGUGCAUAUGCUGGGACCAAACAGACACAAAACAAUGGGGCAGCAGGGGCAGCAUAUCUACACUGAAUAUCAGAGCUUCAACCUGGGAAACAACGGACAGCAGCCUCACCGCCCAAACCAAAGAGAGCCCCUGGUUUACAUCCCUCUGCCGGGAGCAGAUGGACAGAGAGUGCCAGUGGUGAAGGUGAACGAGGGCCCUGAACCAGGCUUCCCCUUCGGAGACCUUUACAACGAGACAAACCUGCCCCAGGAAUCUCAGACCCAGACCACAAUUAUAUGGCAGCCUGUGCCGCACACGUCAGAGUAUGUUGUGUCAUGCAGUCCUGCUACAGAGAUCAAUGAGAAGAGCUUCCAGAUGCGUCUACCUGGAACUUCUGUAAGCGCUACACUGAUCGGUCUCACUUCUGGUGCCUCUUAUAAUGUUGUCGUGGAGUCUGUCAGUGGAGACCAAAAACAGAAAGUCCUGGAAGAUGUUGUGACUGUCGGAAACAGUGUUCCAAGGGCUGGAGUGAUCCCCACACCCAGGGAUGUGUGCCAUGACACAUUCACUGCCACCUACCAUGAGGUGGGCACGGAGUGGGAACGUAUGUCGGAGACAGGAUUUAAACUGUGGUGCAAGUGUCUUGGUCUCGGCAGUGGCCAUUUCAGAUGUGAUUCAUCCAAAUGGUGCCAUGACAAUGGCCACAACUACAGAAUUGGCGAGAAGUGGGACCGCCAUGCUGAGAAUGGAGACAUGAUGAGCUGCACCUGCCUGGGCAAUGGGAAAGGAGAGUUCAAGUGUGAACCCCAUGAGUCCACCUGUUAUGAUGAGGGGAAGUUGUACCAGGUGGGGAACCAGUGGCAGAAGGACUAUCUCGGAGCCAUCUGCACCUGUACCUGCUACGGAGGACAACAGGGCUGGCGUUGUGAAAACUGCCGUCAACCUGGUGCUGAAGUUGACAUGGACAUCAUUCAGCCUCCAGUGCGCACAGAUGCUUUCGACCGCUACAGAGAGAACGCCCUACGUAAACUAAACAUCCAAUGUCCCAUUGAAUGCCUCAGACCAGACCUGCUAGCAGAUGCCCAGAGCCCUCUAGAAUAAAUGUGCAUAUCAGUUUUCCCCUAAAAUUGGAGAGGUCACGCCACCCAGAGACUGUACUUAGUUCCGUCAGUGCUUCUCCAUCCUUAUCUUCACCCACACUGCAAACUCUGUCCUGCUGCUUCCACCAAGCCGCCCACCUGUGACAUCACGCCUGGAGAUAAAACUUUUCACUGUUCAGAUUGGUUGAGUCCACAGCCAGCUGGUUGGUUGAUUCCUCAUGUCUCGCCAUAGAAAGGAGAGUCACCAUUCAUAUACAUCAAAAUUCCACUGAUUUGUUUCAAUUCCAAAGUUUUGCAGAAGAACUAUAUCACUGCACAUCAUUGCAGCCUUCCAGAUCAACUUCAAACUUAUAGUAGUGGAACAUCCACAGAGAAUCAACACAUUUUGCCUUUGUGUUUUUCAGUAUUUUUAGCCUUUUGUCUAAUUACAA